CCGCUGUUUCACACACAACACUUUCACCUGUUGUUCGACAACGCUGCAUUUGCCUCGCCUAAACCUCCCCAUUUAUGCAACAUCUCCUAUGGAUACACCAUCUCAUCGGCGUCACUCAUCCAUGCCAGCACCCUCAUCCGAUUCCAGGUCGGCUAGCGCUUGCGAAACACUGCCAACAUCAUCUCAGCCUUUCUCUUUAACCGUUCGAAAAUCAAAAUCCAAAGUCAUGACCUCAGUACGAAGGUCGCUCUCUGUUACCCCCAGGAAGUCUCAAUCGCAAUUAGAACACAAGAAGCAUUCGUCAACCACGGAAGAACGAACUUACACUUGCUCUCGUCUCAGACGAGAUGAUCCCUCUUUCUCCCCCCCAACCAUCGAACAAAUUGCCAUGGGUCUACACCUAUCACGCACACCUCAUCUACGUGGUAACACAACAGGAAAUCAAUAUCAUACCCCUCCUGGCGGCGCCUUUCCCCGCUCCACUUCCCUCACCCUUCCACCACCACCAGCCCGGUCAGCUAUGAAAAAGACACAAGUUUCAAAUAGCAUUGGUGCUAACCCUGGGUUAGCUCCACCUUCGGCUUCAUCGACUACGGUCACUUCUCUAUCUACACCUCACUCGUCCAAUAGCAUGUCAUCCUCUUUCAAGGCUCGCAUGUCUCGUCUACUCGUCGGCUCAAAGUCGACGCCCUCCUCUUUAGCCCCCACUUCUCCGAGAGCAAGCGUGUCCGACAUAGACGUCGUGUCUCCCUCCCCGAAGAAGGCUGUCCGGUUUUUCGUCGACGCGGAGCGGUGCUCCAACGCUUUCGAUGAUGAUGAAUGAAUGAAUGACUUCCCGCAUUCUUUUUUUUUUCUCUUGGAUACCGCAAUUCGACUAUCCUUAUUAUUAUCUCUCAGUGUGUUUUGGGAUUUUCAAGGACUGCUUAGAUAUCCAUUCUACACCUUCCAUUCACCUUAUGCGCAGGUAAUGGUUUUCUUUUUUUCGUUGACCCCUACAUCUCCUUAUCGUAUAGCCCCCCUUUUUUUGCGAUGCCCUCUACAAUACAUGAUCCGUUACUACAUGCGCUUACGUUGUAACCAUUUGUACACACUAUUACUACUUUACAUGUUACGAUCAAAUAUGAGAAACGUUAACUUU